AUGAGUGCUUCAGUUGAAUGGACACAUGGGGCUAUUGAAAAAUUGAUAGACCUAUAUCGCCAAAAACCGGAAUUGUGGGAUCCCAAAGAUAACACAUAUCACAUUAAAACUAAAAAGCAUGAUGAUUGGACCAACAUUUCUUUGGACAUGGGAAUCGAUGUUGAUGCUGUUAAAUCUAAAAUUACUUCAUUAUUGUCUUCAUAUAGAAGAGAAAAAGCGAAAUUGAAAAAAAUCUGGAAAAGGUAG